GGAUGGAGAAUGAGCUGGGCCGAGAUAAACUGAGCGUCGUCAACAAAGGUCGCGUUUCACAUUGUUCGGCUCGCACAUUAUGGAACUAUCGAACAUGGGGGAACGAGUUUUUGCUGCCGAGUGCAUCACAAAAAAGAGGAUACGUCGGGGAAGGACUGAGUACUUCGUCAAAUGGAAAGGCUGGUCUGUUAAACACAAUACAUGGGAGCCAGCUGAAAACAUUCUAGAUCUGCGUUUAAUCGAAGCUUUCAAAAAUAGUCAGAGGGACAACCCGCCGACUGGCUUAAAACGGGGACCAAAACCAAAGAAACAGAAAUUGCAGACUGUUUCUGAUGACAGCGACGACGACAGCGACACAGAAUCUGAGACGAGUGUGCGACGACGUCGCGACAGAGACUCGAACAUGGACGACGACUCCAGCUGCAGCAGCAUGGAAGUCCUCUCCAACAUUCGCGCCAAGGAAAUAGCCAAGUCGGAAAAAGUCGACAGAAACGAAGACGACAGGAAAGACAAAAGUGACCCGCGAGCUGGACCCUCCACAAGUGGCCACUCACUCCCACCCCCAGUCCCUGUCAAGAGAGGUCCAGGGAGGCCUCCCAAAUACCCCCGACCCCCGGGCUGGGUGCCGCCAAAAGCUAAACCCAAACAUAAAUUGAAAGGCGCGCCGGGUAGACGCAAACCUCAAAUCGUCGUCCCGGGGAAACGAAAAGUUGGACGCCCACCGUCUGCUAAACGGUUGAAACAGCAACAGUAUGCAUUAAAACUAGCCGAAGAGGCCAAGCUUAAAGAGAAAGAAAAUGUUUCGGGCGAUACUGGAAUAAGAAACGGACACGGUAAUAGCAAACCCAACGGAGAUGCAAAAAAGAUUUCCGAUCCGUCAAUCUAUAAUUUCUCCGAUGUCAACUCGAAUCUUCAGACCCCAGCCGAGUCAGUGAAAGUGAAAGAGAAAGCUGUGGAAACGAAAAGCUAUUGGAGCCCACCGUCAAGUAUCAAACCAAUUCUGGAUCAAGUUUGUAUCACAGACGUAUCAUUGCGUGAUUCCAUAACGAUAACUGUGAGAGAGUGCACAUCCGAUUCCGGUUUCUUCCGGAAGCGCGAGGACAAUGAAUGAGUGCAUAUUCAGAAAUGGAUUACUAUUAUUAUGCGUUGAAUGUGUGACUUACAAACCUCAUAUCAUGCAAAUGAUCACAGCUGUGAUCAUUGCCGCUUCUAUACUUGUGUCGCCGAGUAGAUUUGUGCGCCGUCAUGUCACCUUUCGUUGACGUCAUGGGAGGGUGUUUUUAAUUGUUGCUCUGGAUAUGUCACGUGUUUGAUGGCGAUCACGUGAUUGAAUGAAAGCGAUUCUGAACUGGGACAUGUGUCGGCCUUCGUUGUAUCCAAGAAAUGUGCAUUAUUAGAAGGGUCGAAGUGUGCUCAGCAUGACAGGUUAUAUUUCGUUCUCAGCCGAUAAAUCUAAUACUGAUAUGAUGUGUCAACUUGUCAUAAAUGAUGCAUAUUUUGAUAUUGAUAUUUCGUUACUUGCGUGUAGUAGAGAGAGCAGUAAACUCAUUUUAGAAGAACGUGAUUUAGUCACAAUGCGUAGUCAAUUCGUAGUCAAUCAUUUAAAAGUAUUUAUCUCUGACACAGGAAAAAUAAUAUCAUCAGUUACGAAGGAGCAUCAAACAAAUGUUUGGGUUUUUUUGCAUUACGUCAUAAGUUGAUAACAUUAAAAACUUGGAUUCACGUUUUCAAAUGGAAACUGAAAUGACAAGACGGUAGUGAUAUUGACAUGCGAUCGGCGGUAGUGAGAGAGUGAGCUGUGAGAGAGACUGAUAUGCAACGUGGUGAAAUGUAUAUGUUAUGUACAAGAUAUAUAUGUUGUAGUGGGACCAUGCGCGGUGUCUCCUAAUUAUACACAUCCCAUGUUAGAACAUUUUGUGUAAGUGAAUGCUGCGUAUUUUCCGCUAAUUAAAUUUAAUGCUGUCUU